GUGUGUGGAACAUGGCCAUUUUAUGUGCUUCUUUCUUCGAUUGUGUCUCCGACGUGCAUGCUUUUGCAAAUCCCGUUAUUGGAUUGGCCGUGAAUCUUUUGAACUUGCAUUAAUUAGAAAUAAGAAAUUAGCAUGUCUUUAUAUGUGACUGAUAUAUAGUCCAAAUUACAAAUAUACCAAGUGGGGAGAGGUGAAAGGAACGCUUCGCAGCUCCAGUCUCUAUCCACAUCAGAAGAACAAAGUGAUCAAAAUGGAGAUUUAUAGCUGAUGGCAUCUGGGCAUCAUCAUCUUCAAAAUGAAGCCACAGAGCCUUCAGAAACUGGACAGCAAGCGGCCCAAAGGUUCCUACAACAACUGGCCUCCAUACCUGCAAACUCUGAUGUGGUACCAAGUUCAUCACCUUUUUACAAUACAAACAACUUUAUUGCCCUUCAUGCAGUAUGUGGAAAUCCAGAUUGGGAAGAUUCAUCUCAGAGACCAGACUAUGAUGAUGCUGGUGCUGCUGCUGCUGCUGAUGAUGAUGAUAAUGAUGAUAGAGGUGGUGAUGACUUUGACAAUGACCCUAGUUAUGGAUUCAGUGACCUACCUUACCAGGCACAUGGCAGUUACAACAGUGGGUCAUCAGAUGAAUUCAGGUUGAAUGACAAUCCGAACUGUGCACAACUGGAUGCUGGAGAGGGAGUGAUGGGAUGCACUGGUGCAGAGUUGUGCACAUCUGGAAGAUAUGACCAAGGACCUAGCACCUUGCCAGAUGGUGCAGAGUACUGUAUGACAGUUGGACGGGAGGCACAGACAGAAUUAAAGACAACUGUCCCAUCACGCUUAGCUGAGGAACAUGAGGAACAGCAGUCUCCAGACCUGAACUGUGGCGUGUACUUUCAGCUCCAAACUGUCUCUUCCGGGUACAUGACCGGAACACUUAAUGCUGCUGCUCCAAGAGAUCGACAGAACAGGUUUCAUCCAAUACUAGACGCCUUUUUGGAGUCACUGCAGACAGACCGAAAAGAAAACCAACAAGCAGUUGGGCAGCAGGACCAAGAUACAGAACAUCAGCCAGCUAGGGCCUCUGCUAGUGAGUCCCCUGCCCCGCCCUGCAGUCAUACCCAAGCAUCUGCACUGGCUGCAGUGGUAGCAGCUGGAAACCACAGCCAUGAAGAACAGGAUGAAGAAAAUGAAGCUGUCUCUUCUGUAGAGUCAAGAGAAGAUGAUGACAAUACGGAUUAAGUUUGUGGUAUUAGGUAUUUAAUAGUCUCUUGCCUGAAAUAUGUAAUUUGUGUUGAGUGAGAUAUGACCAAAUUCAUCAUAUGUUAUUGAAUUGUGGUCUGUUAGCUACAUUAUACAUGUAACAAGUUUGGACAGGCUAUGGGAUGAAUUACGUGAUUGUGUAAUCAGCUCCUCUGGAAGUGCUCGUUAAAUCUUCAACAUCAUGAUGGGAUGGACCCACUCUUGUUUAUCACAUUGUUGAUUCAUCUCCAAGCUGUGGAGGAGACAGUUGUAUUUGUUGUGUAAAGACCUUGAAAAAGGCUGCAGGUAAAGCAAUAUGUUUGUUUUUCCCCUGAUAGUUUAAGACAUGCUUCUGCACAUGUACCACUCAAAUUUAGAUAUGAUUACAAAGAUAUUUCAUGCUGUUAACAUGUAUUAAGUAAUCAGUCUGUGUUUUCAUGGGAAAACAGGACUAACUUGUUUGAUAGGCAUUACUUAGAAGUUGACGGAUGACAAGAUAGACUCAAUUUUUAUGGAUAACAACUUGCUUGACAAGGGUAUAAGGAUCUAUACCGAAACGUCGCUUUUCACAGUAUUAAAGAAGUUGUUAUCCAUAAAAAUUGUGUCCAUCUUGUAAAACAGGACUAUCUGGGUCUGAAGUUGAGUAGCACAUUAGAAGCAAGGAGUAAUAUUGGAUAUUUCCAUGAUUGUGGGAAAUAAUUUCAUGACAUGAUUAUUGGGAUAAGUAAUUCAAUUUGAUAAUUCCCCGAUGUAGAAGAAAACUUAAGAGGAUUUAAGAACAUAAAAUCAGUGUCUAGAUCAGUUGAAAUACUUCAUAAGUCUUAAUUCUUUCUCUCAUUUGACUGCAUUAAUAUUGCCUUAAGGCACCUUUACAUGGGCAACAGAAGUUUGCAAACAGAGGUUGUGCUUUCACACGACACAUAUGACACUUGGUACCUCUUCAUUGAUCUCAAAACGUAAUUUUGUAGCAGACUUGAGUAAAGAUCAUGUAAUACCUAUGCAUCAUCUGAUUGUUUGUAUGAAAGUGACAACAUUUAUGCACCGCUUUGCUUUAAUGUAUCACACAUACAUAUGUUUGUUUCAUUGUGUAUUGUGGAGAACAUGUAUGGGUGGCCAUUCGGUAAAAAAAUACAAAGUUGAAAAAACAUCCUUACGUGCUCACUGACGUUCUUUAUUGAAAACAUCCUUUCGUGCUCACUGACGUUCUUUCGAACACAUUGUUCUUUCUUUUCUUAGGG